AUGGCAGUUUCACUAGCGCCUUGUCCAUUUACCCUAAAUGGACAAGGCACUAGUGAAACUGCUUACAUUGUAUCACAAGCUCCGACAGAUGGUAAGAUGCUCGACGGAUCUGUUACAGAUCGCUCGACACUAAGCAAAAGGAUGACUGAAGCUGCCGGGGUUGACGUAGAGGUGCGCCAUCUUGUCUCUACCACUACGGUGGUUAUAGACGGGUUGGAUGCCACCAUAACGGUCGAAGAAGUCCAGGAGGCAGUGAGGAAGGACAUUAGUGAAGGUAUAGACGGGCUUAAAGUAUCAAUCACGCAACCUAUCAAAUGA